GGUAAAGUUAAUUAAACUUUAUGAGACGUAAAGUAAAUAUUUUUGUGUCUUUAAAGUGAUAAAAGCUUUCUUUCUGUCAACAGAGUGAGUCAUCCUUUCUAAUUCUAAAGAUCUUAAGGGUGUACAGGUCAUCGACUCAGAUUUCAUGUUGCUACGGCAACCCUAGCAUCACCUAUCAUCUUGGCCAACAGCAGGUGAAGCUGAUCAAACAAACAAGAAGUCUAAGAGAAACAUGCCUGGAUCCAAAGCAGAGCCACUCCUGGAUGUCAACAUGCAGCGGGAGACCUGGUGUCAGGUGGAGUCAGGAGCCCUGCGUUCCUGGGAAAGAUCAGAGAGGAAACAUUACCGGGCACACCUGCGGUCCAGCUCAGUUCUCCUCUCCGCCAUGACCGGCGGGCCGCGACAGGGGACGGCGAGCAGGGGAUGGCCACCUCCCGCUAACCUCCCUCAGAGGCGUCAUUUUGAAGAAAGCUAUAAUUCCCAGCUGUCGUGGACCGCUGCAGACUCUCAGCAUCAGAACACCGAUUGAACUUUGACACAGAAAUGUUUUCAGCUCGCAGCUUGUGUUCAUUUGCUUUCAUUUCACAUGCCACCUGCCGCUAUGUUGAUCCCUACAACAACAUUCAACUUGGCUGCAUUCCUCUACAAACAAUGUAUGCGUUUGAGUGUGGGAGUGUGUGUGUAACUUUUUCAUAACAAGGACAAUUGGAGGGACAGUGGUUUCAACAAAUGCCUCAAGUCACAGGAUUCAUCCGUUCAUCUCAUGUUUGACAGGCUUCUUCCAUUUUACAUACUGUAAAGCAGUGGUCCUCAAGCUUUUUGUAGCUGCGGACCGGUCAGCGCUUGAAAAUUUCUCCCAC